GUUUUUUCCAUUCCAAUACGAGGAAAUGAAACAACAAACAAUAGGCCGUCCUUGUUCCAGAGCGUCCAACAAUUCGUCUAAUAAAUUACUCUGAGGUCCGUGGAUGUUUUGUUCUCGGUGACCCGAUUCUAUCGUCGUGUUGCGGAUUGGUACAAGUGCAAGUGCUGAGGACCCAGCAACAGUCGCAAUGGAUUGUCCCAUAAUUCAAAUACCCGUUGUGUUCCAUGGGCGGCAACGGAAUAUUAAACGGGCCUUGGCAAAGGUGAAAAAGAGUUUCGAUAUUUUAUCUAGGCCACAGUCGGCGUGAAACGUCUGCCACCCGAUGAAUUUGGCGCCAGAAUUUCAAAGAUUUACGUUGCAGCGGAUUGUUGUGCGGAAUUCCAGCGUAAGGAAACGAAGAAGAAGAAAAACACAACGACCUUGGUGACCUCCGAAAGAAUGCUGGAAAGAGGCCGACCACGGCAUUCCAAAAGAAAACGAACGAACGAGCGAACGAGCGACUGCACGAACGCAAGAAGAAAAUCUAGAGGGAGAGAAACAAAAAGAAAAUUCAAGGAAGACAAACUUUUUGAAAUAAAAAUACGACCGUGUUGGCUGGAACGUCCUUGCUCCAGGCUACGCAUUCUUGAACUUUUCUCUCUUUCUGCUGGGUUUUCGUUUCUUUCGACCGAAGCUUCGGGACCACAACAACCAGCCCACCAUAGUCCUGCAUGCCCAGCAAUCCACGACCGUCCUUCGCUCAUAAGAGGCAACGUGCAACGGUGGCCAGCCAUCAUUCGUUGGUAGACCAGCGUUCAGUCCACAUCCAGUUCCGACUCCCUACAAUUCCCUUUUCAAUUUUCACGUUGCCAGUCUCGUGCUACGAUUCUCUUUUCCUCGACAAUUCUCCCAACACUAAACCGGAAAAUGUCUCGCUGGUGUUGCUGCUGCUCUUUACUCGUUAUCGCCGCCUUGUUACUUGUGAAUCAACCACAACAAACUGAUGGUGCAGCUAUUCCUAUUUGGGAACUGCUCAAACACGAAGAAAAGAUGGGCCGAUUAUUCUACGUUUUCGUUCAUCUCGUCCAACAGUAUUGCAAGACUUCAGACAUACCCGAUUGUCCCAAGGUCUUGACGCUUUACGGUAUGUCGAAUUUGGUGAGCGAAAGCGAACAUUCGUUAGAUCUGAUGGAUCCUUACCAACGCGACGCCAAAACAAUCGUGUGGGAGAAGAUUAUGCGCGGUGAAUUCAAACUGCCAACCAAAUUGACUAGUGGGAAACCGAUGAAGACUCCAUCGACAUCAUCGGCUGCCAUCAACAAUGACGUCUACUCUUCGCCGUACGAGAUCCGCGUCCCUCCGCCUGCCACUUACGUUGCUCCACCUGUUGCUGCAUCAUCACCCAGUGAUCAGAAUCAGCAGUCGGAGGAUACAUCGUCUUCUCAAAUCAUCCUCUCCCAUAACACAGAAAAUCGAGUUUAAUUAAUCAUCCGGAAGAAAAAGAACCAACGUGCUACGAUAUCCAUUAAGACGGAAGGACCGGCUUCGCUUUAAGAAAACCAGAAGCUCGGAAGUCAGUUGUUCCUCUACUUUGUUGAGAUUUGAUCCAGCGCAGCUUUGAAACCUCACUCCAUCCGUUUUCCUCCAGGCGCUUUUGGGUUUCGACUGUUGGAUCUUUUUGAUUUGUUCCAGUACCUGAUGUAAAAUCGUUCCGAGACGCUGGUUUUUGAGCUAACUAUUUUUUAAAAAAACCUUGUACAUUUGACACUCAUUCUUGUGGACCAAGAGACCUAUGUAAAUUGUGUAAAUUCAUGUAUAUGGGGUUGCCUUUGUUCCCAAUGUAUUUCCUCGUGUUCGUGUGUGAAUCUUUGGUUUGUGAUGAGAUUCAAAUUGAUAUCAAACCUUUCAAAAUACAUUUUAUUGGCUAGAUCGA